AUGCAACCUUUUUAUGAAAAAAGUAAUUCUAUACCUAAGAUUAUUCUCUCGUUAAAUAUUUGUUGGGAGUCAUAUGGUAUUGUUAAUCAAAUAAUUAAUUCCUUAAGAUCUAAGAAGUUGAUAAUCAAGACAAUUGACUUUAAUUCCGUUUGUAUUACUUGCGGCUCUUGA